GACAAAUAAGUAGCCUUUGAAACUUAACUUUGCAUUAAUGUAUAUCCGAUUAGUCGGUCUCCGAUUCAUUGGAAAAAACAUAUCUAAAUAUAGAAAUAUUGUCUAAAAAAUUAAAGAAAACCGAGUUAUGAAAAACCCCUACAAUAAUGUCGGAAUUGAAACGUAAUCGUGCAUCUACGGGCAGCGCUGAGAGCAAGAUUGAGGCGAUGAUUCGCGAGUCCGAUUUACAAGAAGACCUGGCCAACACUGAGGUGCAGCCAGCUUCAGAUGUCACCAUCUAUAAUGCCUACAGCAUGGGCCCGGCUUUUGGAAAGAAAUUCCCGUUGCCAUAUAUUGUGUAUAUUUUAAAUGAAAUAAUGCAACAGAAGUUGGUCAACAAGGUCUACACUGCGGAGGAGGCUGCGAAGUGGACUCGCGAGAUCGCUGAUACAGUCAACCUCAAGUUUAAAGGACGCGGUGUCUUUCCACGAUUCAAGCAUGUGGUGAAUGUGAUGCUCUACCAGCAAACCGGAGCGGGAUGCUUUUACGGCGCUCGAGCUAUCUGGGACCCAUUAUCCGAUGACUUUGGGAGCUAUACCUUUGACGGCGGCAGUUUCGUGUGCAUUGCCACUGUAUUUGGUUGUUAUCAAUAUUGAGUUGCAAUGAAAAACAUUUAAAUAAA